AUGGCUGACGCAAAACCACUCUCAGGAUUGGAGAAUAUCAAAGCCGAUAUCUUAAUUCGAGCGCAGAAAAUCUAUUCUCUCCACCCUGACAUACCUUUACAAAAAGCUGUAGCAAUCCGCGGGCAGCAUAUAUGGGCUUUCUCUCAGGUCAUACAUGGGCUGGACAGCUGUAUUGGACACGCUACUCGGGUAAUCGACGAACCAACCGCCACUGUGCUGCCAUCGUUUGAUGAUACACAUACACAUCUUAUAUUCGCUGGGUUGAGCGAAUUUGAUGUGCCCGUUCACGCUGCAAAAGACAUCAAGGAGCUGUUGAAUUUGAUCCGCCAUUGUGCGUCACAGACUGAACCUGGUCAAUGGAUAACAACUACAGCCGACUGGCAGGAGUUCAAUUUGAAGGAGCAUCGCUUUCCUACUCUGCAAGAGCUAGAUGAAGUCAGUAACAUUCAUCCAAUUGUUGUGAGAAGGGGCGGUCACAACAUUGUGAUAAAUUCUUGCGCAGCGGCACUCGCCAACAUCACCCCUGCUACUCAACCACCCCUUGGUGGGAUUAUCGGCAUUAACAGGGAGGGAAAGCUCAAUGGGCUCCUUCAAGAUUCUGCGACCAAGCUCAUCGAAUGCAUUCGGCCUCCUGUCAGCUUGGAGAGGCGUGUUUCUGGUCUUGACAGGGCUUCCCGAAAAUACGCUGCCACUGGUAUUGGCUGCGUGCGCGACUGCUUUGUACCAGUAGCAGAUCUGGCGUAUUUGAAAGCCGCUCACGAUGCCGGCAGGUUGAAUGUUCGUGUCCGCGCUCUAGUAUCUACCUUGGGAUUGUCAACAGUGAGCGACGUGGACCAAAUUCUAUCCGAGAUGGAGCAAUGGAGACAUCUGCAGACCGACCCCUGGUUUUCGAUCUGGGGAGUGAAAUUUAUGAUCGAUGGAGGGAUAGAAGCUGGGGCAACAGAAGAACCGUAUGUUAAUCAGAAUUGUGGAUGUGCUGGUCAUGAAGCUUGCGGUCGCCUCCUCUGGGAUACUGAGGAGCUUGUUGAGGCAAUGGAUGCAGUGAUUCGCCGAGGUUGGCGUAUCGGAACACAUGCAUAUGGAGACCGUGCGGUUCGACGCCUUCUGGACGUCUACGAAGUAUUAUUGAGACGCCACCCUCACCUGUCCAAUGGCACCCUGGUCAUGGAACACGGAGGUCUCGCCACUCCUGCACAACAGGCACGGGCGGUGGCCCUUGGGAUUGCUAUUACCAUUCAACAACCUUUACUUCACGAUAUUGCCGGUGUUCAAGAAACUUACUGGGGUGUGGAGAGAGUCAACCGUCUGUUUCCGGCUCGGCAGUGGCUGAACUUGGGUGCCGAUAUUUCCGGUGGUUCGGAUUAUCCCGUCGGUAUGUUUGGGGCGAUGCGAUCUAUCUGGGGCAUGUCGACUCGCCAGACGGUAGCUGGAGUUCGAGGCCCGGAACAUGCUAUAAGCGUCUCCGAGUCAAUUGCCCUACAUACGACGGCUGCGGCAAAAAUGCUGAAAGAGUCUGAAACAAGAGGUAGUCUUCGUGUGGGAAGUUUUGCCGAUCUAACCCUUUGGAGUAAGGAUCCCUUUGAAGUUGCCGAAAGAUUCUACGGGUCUUUUGGCUUUGGAGGAUCCGGCGACAAUUCCAUCUGCGAUAAAUGCAAAAUAAUAGUCACGACACCUUUCUGCACGAAGUGUGGUCAGAAGGUAGGAGGGCCCAGUCAAAAGUCCUCUAUCUGCGGGCAAUGCGGUAUAACAGUCACGACGCCAUUCUGCACACAAUGCGGUAAAAAGGCCAUACAAUCCAGCACACCUACAGUGGCGCGGCAGGAAAUAGACACUGGGCAAAAAAGGGCAGAUCCCAACAAAGACAGAAAUCUCGUCACCCAGGCUUCAAAACAAGGAACAUCAGACAGCGCCCGCGAUUUUACAAGCUUAGUAGAACGAAGCAUAGUUGCCUGGAAUUCUCUGACCUAUGCUGAUGACCCAGAUGUCACGGGCUCUGUUUCCAGGCUCUCGACGGCCUUGAGGAGCUUUGACUCGAUCGAUGACCUCUUCCGGUCCCGAAUAAUGUUCUGGUUUUUCCAACGUCGAGAGUCAUUCAUGACGCAGACUCAGUUUAUAAAAUGGGAUGUUAACCGCCUUGACGAGUACGUCCUCCUACCUAUGGAUGAAGGCUACGUCAACAAGAAAGACUGCUUUUACGUUAGUCACUUCUGGCGUACCCGAGAAGCACCCGAUCCGCGAGACGAAGACUUCAAGCUCGUUCACCAGGACCUCUCUACUCAGCAAUGGACCUAUGUCUGGACUGACUGGACUUGUCUCCCUCAGGGUGCACGGACCCCGGCCGAGAGGGAGUAUACCAACAGAAUGCUUAUGCGAACACCAGUGCUAAUGCGAGAGUGUGGAUUUGAAUGGAGGUAUCCGGAUUUCCAGCCCAGACUUUGGAUUCUCGUCGAAGUGGCGCAAUAUAUGCUUAACAUUGCCGGGAACUAUGCCGUCACAGCGGAUAUAAAGCCAUAUAUCGACGAUGUCCAGGCUAUGAAAACCGAGGGGGUCCAGCAAGUUAUCACACGGCGCGGGUACAACUGCUCAGUUAGUCGGGAGUAUCGACUCCUCGUUGGAUGGUUGGAGCUUCUUGUUAUCUUGUCCAAACUUGUCCCGGAUAUCCCUAUGAAGAAGUUUAUACUGGACGCGCUCGAGCCUCCACAUGUUGGGUCUUUUGAGCAUGUGGAUACGGGGAUCGAGGUCAACAAGAGUACUGGCAUCGUAUCGUAUCAAGGAGCUGUUUAUCGGUUUGCUCCUUUGUAUCCUGUUGACGCAGAUGGCUUUCCUAAAUGA